CGAGAGUUCGGUUUGGCCUUUUGUUCUUUCUUCGCUUCCUCGGAGUGAACGGUUGGGUGCACGAUGUUUCUGGACCAGGUUGCCGAACGGCUGUCGCAACAACUGUUAUGGUACUACCUAGCUGGCAUUAUCGCAAGCCUAUGUGUCGUCCGUCUUGCACUCAAUCGAUAUGGCACAGGUAUCAAUCACAUCCCAGGCCCGGCGCUUGCUUCAUUCACAGAUCUGUGGAGGUUCUUCGUUGUCUGGGGCCGUCGACCAGAGCUUAAGCACAUCCAACUGCACGAGAAAUAUGGUCCCUUAGUUCGACUAGGCCCUCGAGUGGUCUCGAUAUCCGACCCUGCUGCCAUUCCCAUCAUAUAUGCUCUGAAUUCUGGCUUUGUCAAAUCUGGCUUCUAUCCGGUCCAGCAGACGAUAUCAAAAGGUCGCAGGCUGUACACCAUGUUCAGCACGACGGAUGAGAAGUUCCAUGCUAAACUCAGAAGAGCCGUGUCGAAUGCGUACGCGAUGAGUACCCUGGUUCAAUUUGAGCCCUUGGUUGAUUCUACCACACUAGCGUUCCUAGAUCAGCUUGAGAAGAGGUUUGCAGGCAAAAUAGGCCGAGAUGGCAUAUGUGACUUCUCGACAUGGCUCCAGUUUUACGCAUUCGAUGUCAUCGGCGAGCUCACCUAUUCCAAGCGCCUAGGUUUCGUGGAUCGAGGUGUUGACAUCGAUGGCAUCAUUGGAAACCUGGAGUGGCUCCUCAACUAUGCCGCCAUAGUCGGACAGGUCCCAAUCUUGGAUCGCGUCUUUCUGAAGAACCCAUUGAGACUGUUUGCGAGCCAAAUCGGACUCAUAAGUUCGAACACGCCCGUGGCAACCUUCGCCAGACACCGAAUCGCCAGUCGACAAGACGCGGAGCAGGGUCAAGAAAAGAGCACAGCCACAUUUGAAGGGAAGCGAGCAAGAAGAGACUUCUUGUCAAGGUUCACCGAAGCCCAUCACAAGGACCCCGAGUUCAUCACCCGGGAGCGAGUUUUAGCGCUGACGGUUGCCAACAUGUUUGCUGGCAGCGACACGACCGCCAUUAGCUUGCGGGCAAUCUUCUACUACCUGUUGAAGAGCCCAGAGGAUAUGGAGAGCUUGAUGAAGGCGCUCUGGGCGCAACGGGGGAAUGGAACAUUCUCCAACCCAAAUGGUCUUGUCAACUGGAACGAUGUAAGGGAAUUGCCAUACCUGAGUGCUGUGAUCAAAGAAGCUCUUCGGUGUCAUCCUGCUGCCGGACUUACUCUUGAACGGAUCGUGCCUCAUCAAGGUGUCAACGUUUGUGGAAAAUUCAUUCCUGGUGGGACAAUAGUGGGAUGCAGUGCCUGGACUGUACACAGAGACAGUCUGUUCGGGCCGAACACAGAGAGCUUUCGCCCAAGGAGGUGGCUCGAGGCAUCGCCAGAACAAAAGCGACAAAUGGACAAUUCUCUCUUCACUUUCGGGGCAGGCUCCCAUACGUGUAUCGGCAAGAACAUCAGUUUGCUCGAAAUGUACAAGCUUGUUCCAGCACUGCUGAUGAGAUUUGAGAUCGAGUUCGCGGAUCCGACGAAACCAUGGAAACUGCACAACGCAUGGUUUGUCAAACAGUCCGAAUUCAAGGUGCGCCUCCGACAGAGAAAGCAACCUGAGUAGCGUCGACGUGCACCGGGUCAUCAGCUGAGGAUCAGGGUAUUGGAAGAGCUUCUGGAUAUUUUGGAAUAAAGCAGUUGUCAUGUUGACGGGGUGAGGACAUAUCGCACGGGGUUGUUCCUAUUCCAAUCCAGCAAGCAAGCUCAGGAGCUUGUGGCUGGGGAUGAGGAAUGAGAGAUCGUCAUGGGCGGCCGUACUUGGGCUCUCGUUUCGUGAGUUUCGAUUUCAUUGGGCCGUCGGCAUGGACACGCUCUGACGGUGAGCCGAGGAUAUUGUGCGGCGGUAGGAGUUUCGACCAAGCCCUGAGGCCAUAAUUGCAGUUGAGAAGCUGCG